AUGGAUUCCAGCAAAGUACUUGGGCUUUUGGAGCAGUUAGACGAUGAGAUCGAUGAUCUGGAAGAGUCAUUAGCCCCUCUCAUAGAGACAGCACUCUCAGAUACUACGUCAAAACUUCCAUUGGUCGACAAAGCCAAGCUCUAUGUUUUGGUCACUUAUGCGAUCGAGUCCAUGCUCUUCUCAUACUUGCGGCUCAAUGGCGUGAAAGCACGAGACCAUCCUGUAUUCAUAGAACUUACCCGGGUAAAGCAGUACUUUGACAAGAUCAAGAACACUGAGCCAGCUGCCGCAAGGACAAUGACUCUUGAUAAGGCAGCAGCAGCCAGGUUCAUCAAUCCAAGCCUAGCGGCCGCCGAGAAAGAAGCCUUGAAGCAAGCAGAAAUACAAGCUAGAGCGCGUGCCAAAGCUCACAUCAAGUUCGACGAGCCAACGAAAAAUGCGGAUUUUCGAAGCAGAACACAGAAACGCCAACCCGAAGAAGACGAAGCUGGUCUGGCAGAGCACACUAGCUCCUCUGACUCCGACUCCCCUUCUGAAAAUGAGGAAGAUGUCCAGGUUGACCAGAAAAGAACCGAGCCACCGCGCAAGAAGCGAAAAACGAAGAAGACCGCAGUUUCUGAUCAAACAUCGACCCCAACUUCGGGCAUGACAUCGGGGACAUCAAGCUCAGCAGAGAAAUCAAAAAAGAGCAAGGGUAAAGGUAAGAGUGUAAAACAGCAGAAAAUCCCGAAGAAGAAUAAAGCGAAGAGUACCUGA